AUGUGGUCGUGGCUUCAUAGGUCAGAUGGUGGAUUUGGAGGUUUAUUCGUCCGGAUUGUUCGAUUUGUCGAGUUUGCUGGCGUUCGUGCUUUGUCCCCAAAUCUGGUUCCUUCUGGAUCGAGAUUGGCUAAGCAUCUCGUCUCAGAUAUGUUGCUAUCGUUCCCUCUCUUGAGGCUUAGUUUCUCUUUGAUAGAGCUUUUGGCUAGGGUUUCUAUCCCUCUUAGAAUGCCUUUUGUUCAAUCGGUUCUAGACUCGGUGCAAGAUAACCAGCGUGUCGUCAGAGAAGGUCGUCUUCAUUUCUAUGUUGUUGCGGUUAUGGCAUUUGAUAUCUCUUUGUGA